GGGCCCAUCGACCUGGCCUCUCCUCUAAGUCCAGCGCAAGGCUAGCUGGGAAAUGUUCCGGACAUUGGCCAGUGUGACCCUGGGCCCCAGAGCAGCAAGUUGGGUACAAACUAUGGGCUCUCACCAGCUGCAGGUGCCACCUCCAGAAGCCCUGAGGAAGCCCCUGGCAGUCCCCAAGCGGCUCCUACUGGGUCCUGGACCCUCCAACCUGACUCCAAGGGUGUUGGCAGCCAGCGGGCUGAGAAUGAUCGGCCACAUGCAAAAGGAGGCUUUGCAGAUCAUGGAUGAGAUCAAGCAAGGUAUUCAGUACGUGUUCCAGACCAGGAAUCCCCUUACACUGGCUGUUAGCGGCUCUGGACACUGCGCCAUGGAGACUGCUCUGUUCAACAUCCUGGAGCCUGGGGACUCCUUCCUGGUUGGGGCGAAUGGCAUCUGGGGACAGCGGGCUGCAGAGAUUGCAGAGCGCAUUGGAGCCCGGGUGUACCUGAUGAUCAAGGAGCCUGGAGGCCACUACACACUGCAGGAAGUGGAAGAGGGCCUGGCCCAGCACAAACCAGUACUGCUAUUCCUGACCCAUGGGGAGUCAUCCACCGGCGUGAUACAGCCCUUGGAUGGCUAUGGGGAGCUCUGCCACAGGCUGAAUCUGGAUGGCCACCUUCUACUUGAUGAAAAUCCAGGGCCUGAGGCAGGGCCGAAUGCCCAAAUGCUGCCAUGGUACCAGUGUCUAUUCCUGGUGGACUCUGUGGCAUCCCUGGGCGGGGUCCCUAUCUACAUGGACCAGCAAGAAAUCGACAUCUUAUAUUCGGGCUCCCAGAAAGUUCUGAACUCGCCCCCAGGAAUCUCCCUCAUCUCCUUCAGCGACAAGGCCAAACACAAGAUCUACUCUCGGAAGACAAAGCCCGUCUCCUUCUACACAGACAUCAUGUGUUUGGCCAAGUUAUGGGGCUGUGAGGGCGAAACCAGGAUGGUCCAUCAUACCACGCCCGUCAUUAGCUUGUACUGCCUGAGAGAGAGCCUGGCACUCAUUUCAGAGCAGGGCCUGGAGAAUUCCUGGCGGAAGCAUAGAGAAACCACAAUGUACCUGCACGAUCGCCUACAGGAGCUGGGCCUGCAGCUCUUUGUGAAGGAGCCGGCCCUCCGGCUGCCCACAAUCACCAGCGUGACAGUGCCGGCUGGCUACAACUGGAGGGACAUCACCAACUAUGUGCUUGACCACUUUAACAUUGAAAUCAGUGGUGGCCUUGGGCCCUCUGAGGGGAAGGUGCUGCGGAUUGGUCUGUUGGGCUGCAAUGCCACCAAGGAGAAUGUGGACCGCCUAGCUGAGGCCCUGAGGGAGGCACUGAAGCACUGUCCCAAGAACAAGCUAUGAUCAUCCUCUCUCUAGGCCACGCCCUCCUGGAGAGGCUGGAAACGUGGAAGGGACCAAAAGGCUGCAAGGCCACCAGGCCUAAGAAACAGCAGAGCCGCUGGCCCUGCAUGCAAGGCGGGCGGGGGACAAGGCAGGGCUGUCCCUCCCCAAGUGGGACCUCAUCUAAGACCUUAUCACCUUCCUUCCAAAGGAGCUACAGUCUGCAGGCCAGUAGGCUUUGGGAACACCCAAUAAAGUACUGACCAGACAUCUCU